AUGGAGGGGAAUAUUUCCUACAACGAACAUUCCAAUAAGGAUAUAACUUUGUACCAUUCUUUUUGGUUGAACCAUGGGGAUUAUGACGAUACGAAUGUUACAGGGGGAGCUUUCUGGCACCCCCACUGGCGGAAGUGGCCUCCCAUAGAUGAAUUUGCCAGUAUUAUAGCAGCUAUUUCGAUGAUUGUAGUAUUUUUUAUUGGAACAGCCGGGAAUUCUACUGUUAUUUAUCUUUUUGCAAGGCACAAAAACCUUCAAACAUCAGCGAAUAUGUACGUAGCUAAUCUUGCUAGUGCCGACUUGAUAAUGUGCCUAUUCAACUUCCCCAUUUUAAUAUGGGCUAGUUUAAAAGGGCAGUGGCAAUUAGGAAAUAUAGGAUGCCAGAUUUAUGGAGUCAUCGGGGCCUUAACUGGAUUCAUGUCCAUCAACACCCUAACAGCUAUGGCAGUGGAUCGAUACCAAGUUAUCAAUACGAACAAUUCCUUCAUGCAGAAAACGUCAAAAGGGCGCCAUGCCUUUAUCAUUUGUGGCAUUUGGGUUUAUUCAGUGUCGUGGGCUCUAGUGCCAGUGGCCGGUUGGGGGCGCUAUGUAUUAAAUGGCGGACGGACUUCCUGUUGUUUUGAUUAUUUGACGCGGGAUUCGAUUAACCUCGCUUUCAUCGUUUGUUUGUUUAUAUUUUGUUUUACUAUUCAGCUAUUUGUCAUUCUGUAUUGUUACACAAGUAUGUUGGUGUUCAUUUGUCGACAUGAACGUGCAUUUUUAAGCAGUGACCUUAUUUUAAAAACCGAUAAAGCAACGAGAAAGAAAAUCAAGUUAGAACUUAAAGUUGCACGGCUGGUCUUUAUCAUUGUGAGCGCCUUCUGUCUAUCGUGGAUGCCUUUUGCUGUUGUAACAUUAAUCGGUGCAUUCGGUGAUUCUUCCUACAUAACGCCGACUGUGUCUAUCGUCCCAGGGCUACUGGCCAAAAUUUCUACUGCCAUUAAUCCAAUGUUGUACGCUAUCAGUCAUCCAAAGUUCCAAAGUAAAUUACGGGCCUCGUGUCCGAAGUGUCCAGUAAAUAGGUUGUUCAAAGCGGGAAAAGCGGGUGAUUUGACGAACAUGUACCAUGCUUCAAUGGGUAAUCCCAGCGGACAAAUGCUGGCGUCGUUAAAAUCGUGA